CGCAAGUGCAACAUACAGACUUCAAAAUGGCGGCCUACGUGUACACAUCACUCAAACUCCACAUAGACCCAGAGAAGUUCUAUGUGGAGGCGCUGGACUCUAAUGAGUUGAUGAUAAUCGACCGUGUGAGUUAUGAGAUCACGCUGGUGGAGAACAAGGGACAGAUCCCGCCCUCCGCAAUCACACGCACCAUCUUCGGCAUCAUGGGAGUUGUGCGACUCAUAGCCAGUCCUUACCUAAUUGUUAUCACCAAGGUAUCUAAGGUAGGGGACAUUGAACACCACCCCAUCUGGAGAGUGGAGGACACUCAGGUUAUCCCUUACACACGGUCUGUCGACCAUCUCAACGACCAACAGAAACAAGCCAACCAUGAUUACCUCCGUAUGAUUGAGGAGGUCCUGCGCCAGAACGGGUACUACUUCUCCAGCACCUACGACCUGACCCACACACAGCAGAGGCUCAACAACACCAGCGCAGAGUUCCUCACAUUCCCUCUGUAUGAAAGGGCUGACCAAAGGUUUGUGUGGAAUGGACACCUGCUGAGGGAGUUCACAUCACAACCUGAGCUUCACAGGUUUAUCCUCCCAGUUCUUCAUGGCUACGUGUCUGUUAAACACUGCCAUGUAAACCAGCGCCCGUUCAAACUCAUCGUCAUCUCGCGCCGCUGCUGCUACCGUGCUGGGGUCCGCUACUACAUGCGGGGGGCGGACUUCGAGGGACACACCGCCAACUACGUGGAGACAGAACAGAUCAUGGACUACGAGAGCAGCCGCGGGUCCUUUGUUCAGACCAGAGGUUCGGUGCCCCUCCACUGGUCCCAGAGACCUAACCUGAAGUACAAGCCCACUCCUAUCAUCAGUACUGCACUCAAGCAGCAAGAUGGGUUCCAGAGGCAUUUUGACAGCCAGAUUGUUCUGUAUGGAAGACAGGUCAACGUCAACUUGCUUGACCAGAAGGGAUUUGAGAAUAAGUUGGUGAGGGCCUAUGAAGAUGCUGUCCAGAAUUCUAAGAGUGACAACAUCAGGAUAGAGUCAUUUGACUUCCACCGUGAGUGUCGGGCUCUACAGUGGCACAGGCUGUCUCUUCUCAUGGACCGACUGGCAGAGGACCAGGCCAAGAUGGGGUACUACCUGUGCAGAAGUGACGGCUCGGUGGCCAGGCUGCAGGAUGCCGUGUUCAGGACCAACUGUAUCGACUGCCUGGACAGAACCAAUGUAGUUCAGAGCAUGCUCGCUAGGAGGAGCCUUCAGUCCCAACUACAGGAGGUGGGAGUCUUGUCUCUGGGAGAGAGAAUAGACGACCACUCUGCCUUUGAGUUUAUCUACAAGAACUUGUGGGCUGACAAUGCAGAUGCCUUGGCCAAGCAAUAUGCAGGGACCGGGGCCCUUAAGACAGACUACACCAGGACUGGGAGAAGGACAAUCCUGGGUUUGUUGAUGGAUGGUUACAACUCUGCCAUCAGGUACAUGAAGAACAACUUCUACGAUGGCUUCAGACAGGAUGCAAUUGACUUGUUUGUUGGGAACUACAUAGUUGAUGAGGCAGAGUGCAUCAACAAGCCCUGUCCUCUCCAGCAGCCCAGAAGUGUCAGAUAUACUGUUCUGCCCUUCUUCCUGUUGAUCGCGCUGUCCAUGUGCUUCAUCUGUCUGCUCAUUCCUGCAGGUAACGUGGAUAUUCCCUCAGCUCUCCUGGACGGGCGCGGGGGUGGGGAUAGCGAUCGCGCGCAGAGCACGGGCGGACUGGAGUCUUCAGCUGCUAUAUGUGCUGUUCUGGGGCAUGGCCAGCAUCACUACCCUCGCGAUCGUCUACUACAACGGUAUAGAAUUCGUGGACAAACCCAAACUGACUCAGGCUAAGGCUAAGCGAGAAUGAGAUGAGCUGGGCUACAGGCUGUAUUGUGAGAUGAUGGGGAUAGGGCCAGACGACUACGAGAAUCAGGACUCCGAAUCCGGGGUUCGAAUCCCAGAAGUUCUAGUCCUACAUGUAUGACAGACAUUUCGUUGGGGGGAGGGGGGUGGCGUUGUUAAAUGGUGAAAUCAUUCUGCAGGGUAUAAUCUAAACAGUUAUCACAUGCAGGGGCUGAAGAUAAAAAGUGAAUAGUGACAAUUCAAAAUCUUGUUUCUUUUGGUCUCAACUCUUUCCAAAAUAUGAUGUAAAUAGGAAAAUAACUAGUGUCCAAUUUUGUGCUACUUGUCAGGAAGAGAUAUUUGGAAAUGCAUCAUGUGCAAUUUGGAAGGGGUGAACGUGUGUGUACAUACUCACUGGAAGGUACCGUUAAAGUAAAGAGAAGCUGCAGUACAAAAUUGUAUGAUGAUUGUACAUGUACAAAAUGUACAUGCAUACAGGUAGGCAAACACAGUGGACAGACAGAUCACAGAAGUGGUAAAAACACAAUGACAGUAAAAAAAAUGGUCUAAUUGGUGGUGUUUCUAGAACUGCCACAAAUAUUGAACUAGUUUACACAAUGCACUACCUUUAACUUAGGGUGCCUUGGGCAUUUUGAUGGCUCCAAUGUGUAGUUGUUCAUCCUAUUGUGAAAAAAGAAAUACCUGUUUGUAGGUUGAUUCCUACUUACAAAUGUAUCUUGAUACUACAACAGUCAGUAUGUCCGUAAGGCAUGGUUAUUAUAGAGCUUUGAGACAUUCAAACAAGACAAGAACCAUAUUUUACACCCUACGUACAGCUUCUACAAUAUUUCAUUCUUCCUGACGACAUGUUUGAAAAAAAAAAGCAGUUCCAAAAAUGAUCAUAACUACAGAAACUUAACUUUAGGGUACCAUAUGUUUCCAAAAUAGAAAUUCUUCAUUUCUAGAAGGUGAUGAUUUUAAAUACUGUUGCUUAACAGAUCUAGAAACAACACAUUAAAUCCUCAAGAUUUAUUAUAAUUUAUAGAAAAAUUAAAUAUAGUUCAAAUGCAAUGUAGGUAAGGGAUUUAGGAAAAUUUUGACUUUUAGAAUACAAUGUAAAAUGUACAAUGUUUCCAUAGUUGUCACCUAUUGAGAAAUUGUCACGAGUUGGAUUUCAUAACCAAAUGUUCCACUCUUACUAAUAGGUGAUAGAAUUUAUAUCUAUAUGUGCACAGAUUGGACAACUAUAGGUACCUCACUUUCUCCUUUCUUUCACCAUCACAAAACAGCCUGUAGUCCGAGAAAGAAAUGACGCAUGUUUGUUUUUUUGUUUGACGUUUGUAAUGUAAAAGGUGUGCAAUAGUCUAUCAUAGCACAGAGACUUGUAAAGUCUUGACUUGAACAGUUCAGCAUAUUUUCAGCUGGCGAGGCUGCAGUACUGUUGAGUGAAGUUGGGGUGCGCUGCUGCACAACUGGUGUGCAUGUUGUGUAUGAUUGGAAAGACCUUGUGGACCAAUUAUGUAUGUAAGGUAGUUUGAACAAUUAAUUAAAGGUACUUUUAUUUACCCUACAUCAGCAUUACUGUAACAGUAUAUGUACCGAUAUAUGUAGGGAUGCUUUUCUUUAUUGUGCUUAGAAUUUCUGCAAUACACGAAUGUACACAAAUAAAUCUUUGUUCUACAUGU